UAUGUUUACUCAUAUGUCAAAGGCAAAUUACAAACCAAAAUAUGUUUUCAAUUUUGAGGCAAAAACUCCAAGAAGUUCACUUAGAACACCAUCAACAAAGUCAAAUUCUGCACAUAGGAGUGAAUCAUCUUUCCUGCGACACGCACAUACUCCUCAAUCCGCCAGUCGAGCAUCUUCUAGUUCUUAUGGAAUUGAACAACCAAGUACGAUUGUUGCUAUCGCUGAAGGACGUGGAAAUGCCAGAGGGCAGAUUGGAAUGGCCAGUAUUGACCUUCGACGAUCUGUUUUAACAUUAACUGAAUUCACUGACGGACAAAAUUACUCCAAAAUUAUCGCAAAGUUAAAUUUUCUUAACCCAAUUGAAAUGAUUCUUCCCGAUUCUAUGCAUUUCAAUUGCACAAAAAAAACUAAUCUUAGCGAGGCGUUAUCUGAAAAUUUUUCUUGUUCUAUUUCAACAGUUCAGAGAAAAUAUUUUAAUGACCAGAAAGGAAUGGAAUAUGUAAAGACCCUUGGAUUACCUCAAUCCCGUAAUAUAGAAGUAGAAAUUGCCUCAAAAUAUUAUUGCUUAGCAGCAGUAGCUGCUCUUCUAAAAUAUAUAGAAUAUAUACAAAGAUGUGUUUAUGCUCCCGGAUCACUGAAAAUUGUUUAUAAGGCCCUUAGAGAUGCAACACUUAUCGACCCUGGAACAAUUGAGAGUAGAUAUGAUACAGUUGCAGUUUUGCUAUCGGAUGAAAAUCUUUAUCAUUCAUUAAAGUCUGUAAUAUCUAGUUGUGUUGAUCUUGAUCAUUUAAUAAGCCUUUGCAUUCAGAUUCCUAAAUAUGAGACAAUAAAAAAUUACGAAUAUAGAAUCACUAAUGUCAUUUGUCUGAAACAUAUGCUCAAUUUAGUUGACCCUAUCUGUGAAGCUUUGAAAGGAACGGACGAUCAGCUUCUCUCUUGUUUUCGUGAAGGAUUACAAGACGAUGGCUUUCAAGCGAUAAGAAACAUUUUAUCUAAAUACAUCUCUGAAGACACUACUUAUACUAAAAACGUUUUGGACAAAAUAGUACAAAAAUGUUUUCUUGUAAAAUUCAAUCUAAACGGAAUGCUAGAUGUCUGUCGUAAGGGCUAUACAGAAAUAGUUGACGAAAUGACAGAAUUAGCUGUUCAAAUUGGAGAUACACAUGGGCUAGGGGUAACAUUAAGAUAUAACGGCGUGAGAGGUUAUCAUUUACAGGUUCGAAACACAACAAAAAAACGUCUUUCUUUAAAACAACUACCGCCAGCUUUUAUUAAAGCUAAUAGAUUUAGAAAUGUAAUAAGCUUUACAACUCAAGAAAUGAUCCAAGUAAUGAAUGAAGUUUUGAAUGAGGUGAGGGAACAUGUUCAUUGUCUUUAUAGACUAUCAGAAUGCGUUGCUACCCUGGAUAUGCUUGUCUGCUUCGCAACGAAUGCUGCUUUAUCAAACUAUGUAAAACCUAUCUUGGGAGAGGCUCUUGUGGUUCAGAAAGGAAAGCAUCCAAUACUUGAUAGAAUAUGGUGCGAGCCUCCUGUGCCAAAUGAUUUUUUUGCUUGUCAAGGCGGAAAUAUCAAUAUUAUUACAGGACCAAAUAUGAGUGGAAAAUCAACAAUUCUUCGCCAAGUUGUUCUCCUACAAAUUAUGGCACAGAUGGGUUCAUUUGUACCCGCCGAAAGUGCUAGAUUUAAACUAGUUACUGAAAUAUUCUCGAGAGUUAACACAGAUGACAAUUUAGAAACUAACUCGUCAACAUUUUGUUUGGAGAUGAAGGAAAUGAAUUACAUACUUCAAAGCAUGUCAGAGUCCUCUUUAAUCAUAAUUGAUGAAUUAGGAAGAGUUACUCAUUACCUGCGUCUGACUAAACUGGCAACGAUGUAUCAUAAUGUUGGAAACUUUUACAUGGAUGUUCUAACUCAGGAAAGAACAACCGGUGAUAGUAAUGUCAAAUAUGUUUACACUUUUCAAAUGAAGAGGGGAAUACAAAUGUGUGAACUCUCGAGUAUGCCAAAGACAGUCCUCUUAAAAGCGAAAGAAUAUCAUCAGAUAUUGAAGACUGAUCAUGCUGAUGUGAGUGUCCUUACAAGUGAGGAGAAGCUGAAGAUGGCUGAUUUUAAUGCUCAAAGUCGAAUUAGAGAAUUGGCGCAUAAAAAUAUGACUGAUGUAAAUGAAAUUCGAAGUGCGCUAGGAGAAAUCCGUCUUGAAUACACUAAAUCUUUGAAUGAAGCAAACCAACUGGAAUAUUUUGCCUUUCAAUUCUCUCAUAAUUGCGUCGAAAAUACAUGCUACUUUAAGGAGUCAGCUAAUAAUGAAUCAUUCGAAGUUAAUGUAGUUGAUCGUAAAAAACUUGUUUUUGCUUGUAACAAGACCUCCCAAACUCCUUUAGAUAAAGAUUCAAACAGAUUUACACUAAGUGUUAGAGAGUUGGAAUUAGUCGAUUGUUGGAAUCGAAUGACAUUGAAAUAUCUGCAUAUGCCUAGAUUAGAAAGUUUAGUUUUAAAAAACAGUUAUAUACCGUGCGAUUUUACAAGUAAUCGUAUAAUAAAUCUUGCUUUUGAAUUUUCACUACUUCCUCCAAAUAGCAAGUAUUUUCGUAUCAAUCACUGUUCUGCUGAAGAACCUGCUUUGGAUUCAGGUUCAAUAUUUGUUAGCACAUAUUUGAACAAGACUGCAAAAUUCUUUGUGGAUAGUGGCAGUCAUAUUUUAGGAUUUCGUCCAAAAACCUUGGAUCGUGUAAUAAAACUCGUUGACUUAGAUUCAAGAGGACAUUCAACACGCAUUCGAAAAGAUGGUCUUGAAUACUUAGAGCGAUCAACAUCAAUAUCCGAUACGUGGACACUACUUUUUUUAAUAGCUUUGUUUCUUCUCUUUUCUGUUAUUGUAUCUAUUGGUUAUGCAAUUUUCGUUUAUAAAUAUCUUCCUAGAUUUUCACCACCAGAAAAGGAAGCUAAGAAUAGAAAAACAUCGGUUGCAGACCCUGAAGAAUAUGGUAUUUUAGAAGUUAGAGGGCCAUAUUCCGACUACUGUGAAACUGGUCAAGACAAAUCGGCUUGCCAAGCUGAUUAA